UUCUGAGCUCAGAAUUACAGAUUCAAACCAGUCUUUCUUAGCUAAAUUCAGCGAGAGCCCUAGGAAAAAAAAUAGUGAAUACUUCUCUCUCGUGCUCGACAUUCCUCAGCUAUAAAUUCUUCGUCUCUUGGAGAUAGUUUGCCUCCAGGAAGCUUCGUAGCAAGUUCUGAUCUGUAGGGCGAUGACCUGCCAUGGUUUCUGACUGUGUGUGUUGAAACUGUUGGGGCGUUGGUUUUUUCGUAAUUAAUGAAAAGUUUGAGAAGUAUGGGAGGAGAGAAGAGAAGUUUCGAACGGGGUGAGGAAGAUGAAGACGAAGCUUCCCGGGCUAAGAAGCCAAGGGUGCCAGCUCUUGCUAGUGUCAUUGUGGAAGCUCUAAAGGUGGAUAGUUUGCAAAGGCUUUGCUCAUCUUUGGAGCCUCUGUUCCGCAGAAUUGUAAGUGAAGAAAUUGAGCGUGCUUUGACAAAAUUAGGUCAUGCAAAGCUGGCAGGAAGGUCUCCUCCACAAACAAUAGAAGGCCCUGAAGAAAGGAAGCUACAACUUCAUUUCAGAACAAGGUUGCCACCACACCUAUUCACUGGUGGAAAGGUUGAAGGAGAGCAGGGUGCAGCCAUCCAUGUUGUAUUGAUUGAUGGCAACACGGGCUUUGUUGUACCAGAGGGACCAGAAUCAGCAGCAAAGGUAAAUGUUGUGGUACUUGAAGGUGACUUCAAUGAUGAAGCUGAUGAAGAGUGGACCAAAGAACACUUUGAAAGUUAUGAAGUGAGGGAACGUGAAGGGAAGAGGCCUCUUUUGACUGGUGAUUUGCAAGUGACUCUUAAGCAAGGAGUUGGAACCCUCGGGGAUCUAACAUUUACUGACAAUUCUAGCUGGAUAAGGAGCAGAAAGUUUCGAAUUGGUGUGAAGGUUGCUCCUGGAUAUUGUGAUGGCAUUCGGGUUCGUGAGGCGAAAACAGAGGCUUUUGCCGUUAAAGAUCAUAGAGGAGAAUUGUACAAGAAGCAUUACCCGCCUGCUUUACAUGAUGAGGUUUGGAGAUUAGAUAGAAUAGCAAAGGAUGGAGCACUGCAUAAAAAGCUGAUGACAGCUGAAAUAUUAACCGUUGAGGAUUUUCUUCGGCUUCUUGUUAGGGAUCCACAGAGAUUAAGAAGUAUCCUUGGGAGUGGAAUGUCCAAUAGGAUGUGGGAGAAUACCAUGGAACAUGCCAAGACAUGUGUCUUGAAUGGGAAGCUCUAUGUUUACUACACUGAUGAAACCCAUAGCACUGGUGUUGUCUUCAACAGUAUCUAUACACUCAGUGGGCUUAUUGCAGAUGCGCAGUUCUUCUCUGUGGAAUCACUUUCCCAUGAUCAAAAGAUCUCAGUUGAUUCAUUGGUGAAGACAGCCUAUGAGAACUGGAAUUAUGUCAUAGAAUAUGAUGGAAAAGUCCUGCUGAAUUCCCUAAACGGCAGCAGAGGAGCUGAAGCCGCAGCUCUAGCUGGAACUAACAACCACCCUCUUGUAGAUAACUACAUUUUGGGUUCCGCAUGUGCACAGAAUCAUGCUCCAUCUGCUCAGCAUUUCCAAAAUGACAACAUUCAACCCUCUGGCCAUCAACUGAUUGAAUUCCCAUAUGGAAGAUCAGAUCCUACAGUGGGCCUAACACUCACAACCCCUCAACCAUCAUUUACUGGCAACAUAGAUUAUUCCUCUGUUGGAGCAUCAUCACUUGGAGGUUCUUAUCUAUCAGGAGAUUUUGUUCAUCCUCACGAAGGACAGGGUCUGGAAGAUUUCUUGUCUGAAGAAAUCCGGCUGAGGAGUUCACAGAUGUUGGAGAAUGAUGACAUGCAGCGGUUGCUUAGGACAUUCAAUACGGAGGUUGAUGUUGGGGUAGGAACUGCUUUUGUUCAUUCAGAUGAGGCUUGCUAUUCCUAUGAUGCUCCAUAUGAACCUCGGAGAGAAUUUGAACAACAACAGAGUCGGAGCUCUGGGAAGGCUGUUGUAGGCUGGCUUAAGCUAAAAGCUGCAUUGAGGUGGGGGAUAUUUAUAAGAAAAAGGGCAGCAGAGAGGAGAGCACAGCUAGUCGAGUUAGACUGAAUGGAAACCUUGAUAGGGCUAAUUGUCAAUUCUACUGAAAAACUUCAAAUAGAAUGUACAUAAACAAAAGGCAGGGGGAAGGAGAAUGCCAGGAGUCUCAGGGUGGGUGUGUAUGGCCUUGAUGUUAUAUGUAUCAUAUUAAUGGAAAACUUGCUCAAGUUUGUUGUAUUUCUGAUUCUUAUCAUACUUGCUCCAAAUUGUUUCUCAAUUUUUAUUCUCUUUGUUCUC